GACCCUACACAGGCACCAGGGAGACUAGUGCGCAGACGCAGAAGACAUGGCGGCCGAGAUUGAGCGUUGCGGCUGCUGCGGCGGCGCUGAAAUGAUCUCCAGUCUGUGGUUGGAGUGGCUGGGUCUGAGGAGUGCACAAUGCUGCUGAGCUAGAAAGGUAAAAAUUUCUGUGGGUUUGAACUGCAUCAAAGACAUUAAACCUCCCAGAUCAGUCCUCCCCAGUUCCUUUGACUGCCCCACGUGAGCAAGCCUUCCAGCAUGGCUGGGUCUGUGGUGACCCUGUUCAUUCCUGUAGUGCUUGCGAGAGCAGCCUGAGAUGGUUUGAGGCCUCGCUCUGCUCCUUUUCAGAGUGAGGUUAUAGAAAUUUCAGACAGGCCGAAUCAGGAAGCCAAAUCGCAUGAAGGCAGAACCACACAGAGCCUAAAACAUACAUGACCAGCCCUUAACCUGGCCUCCCAGUGUCUGCCCCACCCAGUGAUCUGUGAGCAUAAGUAGUGUGAAAAGCCAUGAGGCAUGAACAAAGUUUAUUGCAUAAGGAUGGUCAUAUUUAGGUCAGAGAAGGGAGUUACCUUACAAACUGAGAACCAGUGUUGACAAGGCCAAUUCAGUCUACCACAUCCACCCUGACUGAAUUGACCUUGUCAACAUAACUCCAUUCUCUUCAUGUGCCAGUAUAUUUAUGCCUGUAUCUGUAAUUUUCACUCCAUGCAUCUGAAGAAGUGGGGGGGGUUUACCCACAAAAGCUUAUGCCCAAAUAAAUCUGUUAGUCUUUGUGGUGCCACCGGACUCCUCAUUGUUUUUGUGGAUACAGACUAACACAAGUACCCCUCUGAUACUUUUCUGAACCUUGUUAUAGUCUUAGCCUUCACUACAUCCUCUGGCAAAGAGUUCCAUGGGUUGACUGUGCGUUGUAUGAAGAAAUACUUCCUUUUGUUUGUUUUAAACCUGCUGCCUAUUAAUUUCAUUCAGUGGCCCCCAGUUCUUGUGGUAUGGGAAGGAGUAAAUAACACUUCCUUCUUUACUUUCUUCACACCAGUCAUGAUUUUAUAGAUCUCUAUCAUAUCCCCCCUUAGUCGUCUCUUUUCCAAGCUGAAAAGUCCCAGUUUUAUUAAUCUCUCCUCAUAAGGCAGCCGUUCCAGACCCCUAAUCAUUUUUGUUGCCCUUUUUUGGACCUUUUCCGAGUCCACUAUAACUUGUUUGAGAUGGGGGAACCGCGUCAGCAUGCAGUAUUCCAGGUGUGGGCAUGCCAUGGAUUUAUAAAGCAGCAGUAUGAUAUUUUCUGUCUUAUUAUCUGUCCUUUUCUUAAUGAUUCCCAACAUUCCAUAGCAAAACCUGUUCUGUGCCCUCCUUUGGUCUCCUGCAGCCCCUUUCAAUCUGGAUUAUUGUGUGAGGAUUUGUAGGACAGAUUCUUGCACUCGUAAUUUUUUGCUCCACAAUAACAUAAUAAAUUUUCAUGUCUAAAGUUGCAUUUACAGUGUUACCACAUCUUGUCUUCCUGCCUGCAGCUUGUGGCUUCCCUGUCUCUGCGCUGGUCACAUGGAACCGCUCAUGCUUUGGAAAGUGGAAUUGGUAGAAAUGAUCUCCAGUCUGUGGUUGGAGUGGCUGGGCCUGAGGAGUGCACAAUGCUGCUGAGCUAGAAAGCUUGUGGCUUCCCUGUCUCUGUGCUGGUCACAUGGAAGUGCUCAUGCUAUGGAAAGUGGAAUUAUUAGGUCUCGGACGGCUGCAUGCAGGGGGAUGGCAAAGCAACUCCAGGUCAGCGGAACUGGGCGAACGAUGGCUGUCCUGCUACGUGGGUGAUUCCCUCAGUUGAUGCUCAGAGCUCUGUCGUUCCCAUGGACCUGCCAGGGCGGCGUCUCGCCUGGAUGGGCUGGUGCCUCUGUCCCUGCACCCACGUGCUGCGCUAGCCCCGAAGGAUCACGCUAGCCCCCAAGGAUCUCGCUCGCCAAGCCGACCCUUACCAUAGAACCCAUUGCUCCACCUGGCGCUCAGAAUGGCGUCUGGAAUGAGGGCGCUGCCCACCUGUGUGACUCAGGAGCGCCCCCUAAAGGCCAUAGUGUGUGCGGCUGGUGCUCGCUCCCCCGCCGCCCAGCCUCUCGCCGUCCCCCAGCGGCAUGGCCGAGCAGGAGAGCCUGGAGUUCGGCAAGGCCGACUUUGUCCUCCUGGACCAGGUGACCAUGGAGCACUUCAUGGAGAACCUGAAGCUGAGGUUCGAGAUGGGGCGAAUUUACACCUAUAUCGGUGAGGUGGUGGUCUCCAUGAACCCCUACAAGCAGACACAGCUCUACGGGAAGGACGUGAUUGAGCAGUACCAGGGCCGGGAGCUGUACGAGCGGCCGCCGCACCUCUAUGCCGUGGCCGACGCCGCCUACAAGGCCAUGAAACGCCGAGCCAAAGACACCUGCAUCGUCAUCUCAGGGGAGAGUGGUGCUGGGAAGACGGAGGCCAGUAAAUACAUCAUGCAGUACAUUGCGGCCAUCACUAACCCCAGCCAGAGGGAAGAGGUGGAGAGGGUGAAGAAUGUGCUGCUCAAGUCCAACUGCGUCCUGGAGGCCUUCGGCAAUGCCAAGACCAACCGCAACGACAACUCCAGCCGCUUCGGCAAAUACAUGGACAUCAACUUCGACUUCAAGGGGGACCCCACCGGUGGCCAUAUCAACAACUACCUCCUGGAGAAGUCUCGCAUCCUCCACCAGCAGCCAGGCGAGAGGAACUUCCACUCCUUCUACCAGUUGCUUCUCGGGGCCUCGGACGCUCAGCUGGCCUCCCUCCAUCUCUGCAGAGACCCUGCAGCCUACCGCUUCACCAGCGAGGGCGCCAGCAACAACCUGCUGGCCAGUGAUCAGUCCAACUUCAAGGCCGUGGCAGAUGCCAUGAAGGUGAUCGGCUUCAGCCCGGAGGAGAUUGACUCGGUCUACAAGAUCCUGGCUACUAUUUUACACCUGGGCAACGUGAGCUUUGUCACCGAGGGAGAUGCCGUGGAGAUAGAGAACAGGGAGCUGGUCUCCCAGCUGGCGGAGCUGACCUCCACCCGGCCGGAGAGCCUGCUGAGAACCCUGCUGUACCGUGCGGUGGCCACGGGCGGCGGGGAGGUGAUCGAGAAGGGUCACAGCGCCAAGGAAGCCAACUAUGCCAGGGACGCCUGCGCCAAGGCCAUCUACGAGCGGCUUUUCUGCUGGAUCGUGGGGCGCAUCAACACCAUCAUCGAGGUGAAGAACUAUGACGCCCGGCUCCACGGCAAGAACACCGUCAUCGCUGUGCUGGACAUCUACGGCUUCGAGAUCUUCAAAAGCAACAGCUUCGAGCAGUUUUGCAUCAAUUACUGUAACGAGAAGCUGCAGCAGCUGUUCAUCGAGCUGAUCCUGAGGCAGGAGCAGGAGGAGUAUCAGCGGGAAGGCAUUGAGUGGCAGCAUAUCGAGUACUUCAACAACCAGAUCAUCGUGGACCUGGUGGAGCAGCCGCACAAGGGCAUCAUCUCCAUCCUGGACGAGGCCUGCCUGACCGGGGGCCAGGUCACCGACGCCAUGUUCCUGGAGUCCAUGAACACCAAGCUGGGCAAGCACCCCCACUACACCAGCCGCAAGCUCUGCACCACCGACAAAUCCAUGGAGUUCGGCCGGGAUUUCCGCAUCAAGCACUACGCCGGGAACGUCACGUACUCGGUGGAGGGGUUUAUCGACAAGAACAAGGACACCCUCUUCCAAGAUUUCAAGCGGCUGAUGUACAACAGCACGGACCCUGUCCUGAGGGACAUGUGGCCAGAGGGCGAGGUCAGCAUCACCGAGGUGACCAAGCGCCCCCUGACGGCUGCCACCCUCUUCAAGAACUCCAUGGUGGCGCUGGUGGAGAACCUGGCCUCCAAGGAGCCGUACUACGUGCGCUGCAUCAAGCCCAACGACCAGAAGUCACCGCUGCUCUUUGACGCCGAGCGCUGCCGCCACCAGGUGGAGUAUCUGGGCCUCCUGGAGAACGUGCGGGUCCGGCGGGCCGGCUUCGCCUACCGGCAGCCCUACGGCCGCUUCCUGCUCAGGUAUAAGAUGACCUGCGAGUACACGUGGCCCAACCACCUCAUGCCCACGGACCAGGAGGCCACGCAGGCCCUCAUCGACCAGCACGGCUUCCAGGAUGACGUGGCCUAUGGCCACACCAAGCUCUUCAUCCGCAUGCCCCAGACUCUCUUCUGCCUGGAGCAGGAGCGGGCCCAGCUCAUCCCCAUCAUCGUGCUCCUGCUGCAGAAGGCGUGGCGGGGGGCCCUGGCCCGGCGGCGCUGCCGGUACCUGCGUGCCAUCUACACCAUCAUGGGUUACUACAAGCGGCUCAAGGUGAAGACAUACCUGCUGGAGCUGGUGCACCGCUUCCAGGCGGUGCGCAGCAUGGCCGACUACGGCAAGAGCGUGGAGUGGCCCGACCCACCGGCGGUGCUGGCGCAAUUCCAGGAGAACAGCAAGCUGCUCUUCCGCAGGUGGCGAGCCAGGCAGAUCGUGAAGAACAUCCCUCCCUCGGACAUGCCGCAGAUCCAGGCCAAGGUGGCGGCCAUGGAAGUGCUGCAGGGCUUGCGCAAAGACUGGGGUUGCCAGAGGAACUGGGGCCGGGAUUACCUGUCGUCGGUGGCUGAAAACCCUGUCAUGGCCGCCCAGUUCGCCAGGAGGGUGCAGGCCCUGAAGGACAAAGUGCACUUUGGCUCGGUGCUGUUCUCCUGCCAUGUCCGCAAGAUCAACCGCUUUAACAAGAGCAGGGACCGGGCCAUUCUCAUCACGGACCAGCACCUCUACAAGCUGGAGCCCAGGAAGGAGUACAAGGUGAUGCGGACCCUGCCUCUGAGUAUGGUGACGGGGGUGAGCGUGACCAGCUGCCAAGACCAGCUGGUGGUGUUUCACACCCAGACCCACGACGACCUGGUCAUCUGCUUCCAUAAGAUGCAGCCGGAAGAGGACAACCGAGUUGGGGAGCUGGUGGGGGUGCUGGUGGACCACUUCAAAACGACGAAGCGCGAGCUGCAGGUGCGCGUGUCGGACUGCAUCCAGCUGAGCCUGCGCGGGAGGAAGAGGCUGGUUGCCGUGCAGACGCGCCACGAACUGGCCUUCCCCGAUUUUGGCAAGAGCCGGGACGGCUUUGUGCUUUACUGUCCCAGGAGAUGAGCCAGGGCCACCCGGCGGGUCCUGGCUGGACGGCGGGGGGGAGGGUCUGCUUGGCUCCCAACCCAGACCCGCCUUUCCCCGCCGGGAGGAGCUGGGACACAGGGCCCUGCUCAGCAUUGGGCCUCCCUUCCUUUGGUUUUUCGCUAGGAGUUUGUAACCUUUUAUUAAGUGAGUUCAUUGCUGUGGACGGAGCCAGCCGGAGCCUGGAGCCCGCCAGCGCCAGAGGGCAGCAGCAUUCUGGGCCCCCCCACCCUGCCUGCUGCCGACGGGCCCCGCUCCAGACACACCGCCAGGGUGACGGCCUGCAGGGCCCAUGUAGCUCAAACCCCACAGCUGUGGGACACCCCCAGAUAUGCAUGAACCGCAGUGAGGCUCGUACCAGACACACAGCUUGGAAUGGGGGACACAGAGGCACAGAGGCUCCGGGAGCAGCUUUGCAAGGAGCACCCCAGAGACAUGCCCGAGUCACUGUCCAGACUGCAGUGGAAGGGCGCACGGGCAGCCCCAAGGUGGGGAGAGACAGUCACCCAGGCCGGCCCCCCCCAGGAAAGCCCCUCUCUGCAUCACCCAGGCAGCCCUUGUCUCCCAGUUCAAGCCUGUAGCACUGCUGAGGUUGAAUUGAUCCGUAGCCGCUCUGCUGAAGCUGCCACCAUGUAGGCCAGUCAGCACCUACAGCAGUGAUGUUUGCAGGGGGUGCUGUCUGGGGGGGAUGGGGCCGAGCCCCCCACAACUGCUAGAGGCUCUGCCCUUGCAUAGCAUGGAGCCAGCGUCCCAGGGCUCCUCUCCUCGGUGGUCCUCUGGGCUGCUGGCUUGGGGGAUGAUGUCCUCACCCUCUCUCCUCCGUGGGUUCCCCUGGCUCUGUGGCCCCUGGGUUCCCCGCUCACCAACUGCUCCUUGAGCAGCUCUUCUGCCCCCUCUGUUGGCAGCUGCCCCGGCUCUCUCCUCUUCCCCCUCUUUGCUGACUCCCCACCCCCAAUCUUUUGCCACCUGCCUGCUCCCGCCUCCCCGAGGUUUCCCCAGCCAGCCCCUGUGCUGAGCUCGUGGUCUUCCCACCCAACCCUCCUCUCGCGGCUGCCCCAACCGGCCCUUCUCAGAACUCCUUGCCCCCUGGCCUGCUCUCCUCCGGCUCUUCUUAAGUCCUGUCCUUCCUCUCCGAAUCCCUCCAAUCCAUCCUCCCCCCUCCCUCGCAACCACUGCUCCCCGGUCACCUCCUCUCCCCACAUCACCCCCACCCUGUCCAUCCAACAUGCAGGAGCCAAGAUCUCCCCCUUCCCCCGCAUUGGCCACCUCCCCCCCGUCCCCUACUCCUACUCCCAUUCAUUCUGCUUCUUUUUACCCUCUCCUUUCAACUGCUCCCAUGAUCAGCCCCUUCUCCCACCCCUGGCUUCACACCUUCAGCCACUCUCAGAGCAGCCCUCAGCCCUGCAUGCACCUACUCCCUCCAUGUACAGGGGAUAGAAAGGAAUGUCCCUUCCCUGAGCAGAGGCAGGACUCUUAUAUCCCAGUCCCCUUCCCAGCAUUCAUUGCUGCCAGGCCUACAAUUCCUAUCAGUUCGGGGAACUACACCUCCCAGAAUUCUCUUGUUGUGGGCUGAGUCCUUAAAGGGCCAGCAACACAUCUCAACCUCCAUUUUUCCCAUAAGGCUCCUCUGCUGAUCUCCUGACCGCUGCGCCCCCCCCAUCCCCCAACACACCCCUUCUCGUGUUUGAAGAUUUGCCCCAAGGGUUGUCUUUGGGUAGGAUUGUAAACUCUUCUGAGCACUGACCUUUCUUACAGCCCCAGGCAUGCUUCGGCUGCUCUAGAAAUGAUAAGGCCAGUACAGAUAACGGGCCCCACAGGCUUCAGGAGCUCUUCGCAGCAAGGAAAUGCCAACAACGCUGUACAGCUUGUGAAUAAAAAGAGCUGUGUUUUCCUG